AUGCCCCAGUACUCGAGCAGCGCCGAGCAGACCUGCACGAAGCCCUUACCUUACUCCCUUCUACAAAAAGAACCUGACUACGAAACAUGUGAACCCCCAUUAGACAUCACCCUAUUUGAGCACACACCUCUCUACUCUCUACUCUCCAUACACACCAGAUCAGCAAUGAAGCAAGCCUUCGAUAUGAUCAAAAUUUUGAAGAAUUUUGAAUUCAAGAAAAGAUCGUUUGUGGAUCGGUCGACCUACCUCCAUCACGUCAUCAACCAAGCACCAAUCAUGUUCGAGAAAUACUCAACUGUCAUUGAUUUGGUGCCCAUUAUUUACCAGUUGGUCUUGAAGGGUGUGAAUGUGAAUGCGCAGAAUGUCUACGGCAACACCUGCAUGCAUCUGGCCUGUCUGAGACCUCACGCUGCAGAACUCUGCAUUCACCUGCUCAGAUUAGGAUGCGAUCCGUGCAUAGCGAACAAGAAGGGAUGCCGAAUUGUCUACACGCACCACAACCACGUCUUUAGGAUGGUGAAGGGAGAGUCGUCAGUUAAGUCAGGCCUUUGGUACUCGGUUCAGGCUGAGAAUGUAGAAAUGACGGAAAAGUUACUGCAAUCCUGGUGUAGGGUGAACAUCACACGUAAGAAACCUCUGUUGGAGUUAGCCGAUGAGACGAGCAAUGAGAAGCUGAUGAAGGUCCUGCAGAAAUACGCUCUCACAAAUGAAGUCGUAUGCGCCGCGUUUGCCUGUGAUGUUCCACUCAUGGCGUCCCUUGCUAAGAAGGGUGCCAUAAACUGGCAACAGCGAGACGGGGCCUACGACCUUCCGCGACCUCUGACCGUGGCUCUAGGGGAGUUGAGUCUCUGGAGUGAGGAGGUCAUCAGCUAUUUGAUCGAGAUGGGGGCAACUUCUAUGAGUUCUUUCCUAUCGGAGAAACAGGAAUACGAAGAAGAAUUUGAAAAAAGUGAAUUCUACCAACUGGUUGAGCUAGCGACGAUGGAGUCUCUGACGAAAGCGUCUGACUUGAUCCUUGAGAAGAAAGUCAAUUUGAAGCUAAAAAGUUUUCAGGAGCACAGGAAGCACUGGACUUACUUUCAUUAUGUCGUCUACAGACAAACAGUCCUACAAAGGUACGACAACGAGCUGUCCCGCUUGUUCACCCGUUGCAUGUACAGGUUGGCCCUGGCGGGCAUAGACGUGAAUGCGAGAGCCCAAAACGGAGACACCGCCCUUCUGAUAGGAGCUGCUGACAAGAACCAACAAACGCUGCACCACCUCAUCCGAAUGGGUUGCGACUCGACGAUACCGAACCGAAAGGGCGAAUGUGUAUCGAUGGAGAAAUAUGCCGGUAGAGGAAAACUAGUACUGACCAAGAAAUACCGGGAGGUCGAUCUGCCAGGAUUGCACGCUGCCGUGAAGCACAACAACAUCGUUAUGGCCGAGAGGUGGCUGAACGCCUGGGCCCGUGUCAAUUGCAAGGUGGGAGACAGAAAGCUGAUGGAUGUGGCCCAGUCCCGCAAUCAGAGUGCCAUGGUAGAACUUUUAAGGGGUUACCAACAUAUUAACGAAUUCGUCUGUGCCACUCUAGCCUCUGACUAUCAACAAGUCAUGAAUUAUAUUGCUCUGGGAGAUGGUUUGCGAAAAGUGAACGCAGUCGAUCUCUACUUCCCAACUGGUUUCGUCCUGAACUACAGAGCAGAAUUCAUUCCUCGACCGAUCAUAGUCAGCGCCAUCGUCCUAUGCACACCUCAGAUUGUGGAGUUUCUGCUGAAGUUUAAUGCCAACCUCUCAAAUCAGUAUGAAGAAAAACCGCCUUGUGGCCCGUUGGCAUUUUGGUCAUUUCAGAACAACGUGUGUAACUCAAUAACGUUGGUGGUUGUGAAGUACGCUGAUAUAACUCUAAGAGACGAGAUUGGAUGUACUAUGCUGCAUCGGAUAGUCAGCAAGAAUAGACCUCAAUACAAGUUAGAAGUGGUGAGAGUCCUUCUGGAAAGAUCCAUCAACAUUGCAGCCAGAGAUGAAGAUGGCCGGACUGCCAGGGAUUACACCAUCAUGUAUCCGGAAAUCGAAUUAGCUGAGUUAAUACGGCAAGUCUUAGACGACUACGUCUUGGAGCUAGUGAAACUGGACAACGUAAUUGAACUUGAACAACUUGUCCUAAACGACUACGAUCACAUUCUUGACAUAAAAGAUUCAACUAAGAAGAAGAAUGCACUGGAGAUUGCAGAGAAUAAGCAAUAUUAUGACAUGCAGAUGUUUCUCAAGAAGAUUGAUAUUUAUAAAAAAGAGAUUAGCAUAUUGCAGAAGGCAGUGAUUGAAGGUGACACGGUGGCAGUUUCAAAACACGCCAUGGAGAAGAAAUGCGCCCAAUGCACGGACAUGGGUGGGAGGACACUACUCCACCUGGCUGUCUUGCACGAAAGAUUGGAAAUCAUCAAGUACUUGCUGGAUCAUUUCCCUGGCCUCAUCAAUAGAACUGAUAACCUUGGUAGGACCGCCCUACAUUAUUGCGUCUGUUUGAAAGACCGCAUUAAUAUUUGGCCGCCACUACAAGAUGCCGGGGCAGAUCCCGCUAUUGCUGAUGCCAACAAUUUGACGGUGUAUGACUACGUAAAACAGUUGAAAAAUCCAGUUCCGUUGUCAGCCAAGAGCAAAUCCAGGCAGUGGAGAAAUUAUACGCCAUCAUUUGAGUUAAUCGAGCUCGAAAAGAACCUCUUAUACACGAAUCUGGAGAACGAAAAGCCUGCCACAAACAAGAAUAACAAACGCUCGGCUGUCUUCAUCCAGGAUAUAGCGGAUGCGAUGGAGUUGAAGCAGGAGUAUUUGAUGGAGAUGAUACAGAAGCCUUCGGCCAUGACUGUACAACAGCAGCAGCAGUUUUCUGAGAUGUUGUCACAAGUACAUAGUGAGGCCUAUGACGACGACGCUGAUGAUGAAGGCAUUGAAGAUGGUGGUGGAUGA